UCGGGUGACGUGAUCUGAGACUGCCUAGGGGCAGAGUGAAGAGUGCAGAGUGAGCAAAAGCCGGAAAGAGUGGAGGGUGGGGUGGGUAGAGUCUAUGCACCGCUACGGGGACUUUGCCAGAGCUCUGGCGUUUUCGCUAUCUUCACGGAGACUGUACGAGUCAAGCCGUAAGCAGAACACAUUCGCUGCUCUGCUGGAGCACCUCUACGACAGGCAAGAUCGGGCGUUCCUGGUGGUGAACAACGUCGAGGACCGCACCGUCAUCUAUGCCAACGAGGGCUUCAGCAAGAUGACCGGCUUCAGUCGAGCAGAGGUGAUGCAGCAGGGCGGCCUCUGCCUCUUCCUGCACGGACCUAUGACAUCACAGGCGGCGGUGGAACAGAUCCAAGAGGCGUUCAGCACUGGAGAGGAGGCGCAGGUUGAGACGCUGCUCUAUAAAAAGGACGGCACUCGUUUUCUCUGCGUCCAAACGGUGGCGCCAAUCUCAAACGAGGCUGGCGACUUGCUAAUGUUCCUGCUCAACUUUGAUGACCUCUCCUCGCCCCAAGAGGAAGAUGACGAUGACAAGGAGUUCUCUCAGCUGCUGACCAAAUUCGGCAAGGCGCGACAGUCGUUCCGCCAGAGCAUCCGCUCGUUUCGGAAGGGCCGCGGCAGGGCGGUGGGCGUGCUGCGCGGUCGUCAGGGCAGCGCCUCGACCUUGACCCCGACCCCGGAGGCCACUGAGGCUGCUGAGGAGGAAGCCGAGGCCCUCGGGAGGGCCGAGACGUCCGUAGAUGACUCGCCGAACGCUCAGGAGCCGACACAGGCUCCGCAGUCGGAACCGCCGGAGCCGCCGGAGCCGCCGGACGGACUGGCCGCCCCGACCUCUGACCUGACCCGACUGAGGCCACUGACCCCUGCCUCGGACAGCGCGCCCGACCUGCGGGCCAAGCUGGACGAGCCGUCGGACGUGUCUACCGCGCGCCUCAGCAGUCAGCGGCUCUGCGAGGCGGGUGUUCCGGGCCAGCCGCUGACCAGCGGCUCUGCCGCUGGUCCUCUGACGCCCCUGCGGCCCGCCUCCUCCCUGGACCCCAUCUCGCUGCGCCGGGUGGGACAGCGCCAGCCGCCGAGCAGAAGUGCCACCAUCGGCACCGUGUACCCUUCUGAGUUAGAGUCCGAGGAGCAGCGGCCUCGCUCGCAUACCGUUGAUAAUUUCUGCCAAGCCACCCGGAACCACGUACAGGGUCAGCACGCGUCUGCGUCGUCCGAGUCGGAUCUCAGUCGCUACCGCACCCUCUUCCAGCACAAGAAGUCGUCUUCUUUCAGCAACAUGACAGAGUCGAAACUCAAGGACCCAGAAGGCUCCGGCAAGCACAAGUUUGAGCAUCUGAACGCUAAGAACAAGGUGGCCCAGGUCGGCAAGGUGGUCGUCGCUAAUUGGAAGGAGGCUGCGCAUCUCUCUCAUGAGGUUUCCUGUUCUAUGACACGGCCUCCUCCAUCAAUGGCGAUCGGUGCGGCGCUAGUUCACCGACGCUACAACGGAGAGUGA